UUUUGUGGUUAUGUUAAUAUUUGCAAACGAAUCAAAUAAAUGAUACUAUUAUAAUUACUAAAAGUCAUUUGUAAAGUUGAGAUAUUAUGUAUGUAGUAAAUUAAUAUGUUCUUGAAAUGAGUCUCUGUGAAGCUGAGAAAACAUUUGUGUUGCAUGGAGUGGAGGAAAAUUUUCGAAUAGAUGGAAGGGAACGAGAAGAUUACAGACCGAUAGAACUUGAAACUGAUAUCGUAUCACAUGCUUUUGGCUCUGCAAGAUUAAGACUAGCAAACACUGACGUAUUAGUUGCUGUAAAGAUAGAAGUAGACUCUCCUUUCCCGGAAAGGCCAAAUGAAGGAAAACUGGAAUUUUUUGUCGAUUGUUCUGCCAAUGCUACGCCGGACUUUGAGGGUCGAGGAGGGGAAGGCUUAGCCGUAGAAAUAUCCAACACAUUAAAUUCAUCAUAUCAUUCUCCCAAAGUAUUUGAUUUGAGAAAGUUGUGCAUUGUAAAAGGAAAGAAGUGUUGGAAGCUCUAUGUGGAUAUUCUGUUACUGGAAUGUGGGGGCAACUUAUUCGAUGCCGUAUCUUUAGCAGUCAAGGCUGCGCUGUGGAAUACCCAAGUACCCCUAAUCCGUGAGGUGGAUACAGAUGGAAAUAAUAUAAAUUUAACCGUCUCCGACAAUCUAAACGAUUGCCAAAGGUUAGACGUACAAAACGCUCCAGUAAUGGUUACAGUGUGCAAAAUUGGGGAAAAGUGCAUAGUAGACCCUAAUGUAGCCGAGGAACAGUGUUCUGUGGGUUCAAUCGUUGUGGCGGUGUCCGGGGACAAAUUUAGUACUGUUCUGCAGACAGGCACCGGUUCCUUGCACCCCUCCACCUUAGUGGAAUCUUUGAAGCUGGGGCUCAACGUGGCCCAAGGGUUGAACGAGGCCUUGUGGGAAGCUUUGAAACUGAUCAAGCCCAACCAGGACAUUGGAUUCCUUAAAUAAAGACACUAAUACGCUUUUUCCUACUCUUUUUGUAUGAAAAUAAAAAUGUAUUCAGAACAUUGAAUUUUUUAAAUAAAGACACAUACGCUUUUU